AUGCAUUUCCUGGGUCGUCGUAUUGUAACGGCCCUAUUGCCGCUAGUCGCUGGCCUCAUCACCUUCACCGUUGCCAGCGACAAGGAACCCAUCUGUCUUAUACAACAUGAUGUGAUCCCUAACGACGAUGCUCUGAUCGACCCAAUCACCCACGUCGCGCUUGCCUUCAUGCGGUCGGGGCUGUUCCUGGACUCGAAUCGCACCGAGUGGCCCAGUGAUCGCAGUGUGGACUCGGCAAGGCAGGCUUUCGCCGAGGGCACCAAGAUCUUGGUGGCUAUUGGUGGAUGGGGUGAUACGGACUUCUCUCUCGCGGCUUGGAAUGACACCUCGCGAAAGCUGUUUGCCCAUAAUGUGGCCAGGAUGGUACAAGCCACUGGUGCUGACGGCGUCGACAUCGAUUGGGAGUACCCGGGCGGGAACGGCGAGGACUACAAGCAAGUGCCAAACUCGAAGAAAGAGUGGGAAAUCGACGCCUACCCGCUCCUGCUCGGCGAGCUUCGCUCCGCAUUGGGCCCUCUCAAGUUGAUCACAGCUGCAGUCCCCGGUAUUGAGCGCGAUAUGAUUGCAUUUAGACACAAUAUCGCAGACAUAGAGCCACACCUGGACUUCCUGAACGUCAUGACUUACGAUCUAAUGAAUCGCCGAGACAACGCCACGAAGCAUCAUUCCAGCAUCGCGGGCAGUCGUCAGACAAUUAUGAGAUACAUUUCUGACGGAGUUCCUCCAGAUAAAAUCAAUCUUGGGCUCGGGUUCUACGUGAAAUGGUUCAAAGCAGAUAAAGAAGACUGUGACAAAGCAAGGUCGCCUAUCGGCUGCAAGACCUUGCUUCUGGAAGACCCUGUCACAGGCGGAGACCUUGGACGAGCGGGGGCGUUCUCCUGGCAUGACGAGGUGCCUGAAGACAAGAGAACUUCCUUUCAACGGGCACUGACGAAUCGCCAGUACGACAAUGAGGAAGGAGCAACGUACUACUACGACUCGGAAGAGGCUCUUUGGUGGACAUUCGAUGAUCCUCACAGCAUCGACAACAAAAUCAAGCAGUUGAACAAAGAAUUGAAUCCGAUACGCAACAUGUUUGAGAACCUCUGCACCCUCCCGCUGACUUCGGACCUGUUCACCCAGGCAGUCCACCCUACCGAGCCCGUCCUGACCGUGGGCCUUUCGAGCGGUCAUGUCGAGACCUUCCGGAUCCCAUCCUCAGACAACGAUUCCGAGGAAAAUGUCGACGAGAACAGCAGUAUCACGAGCGGCAAAGGUCUGAUCAAGAGUGUGUGGAGCACAAGGAGGCACAAGGGCAGCUGUCGCAGCCUGGCCUACAGCUACGAUGGGCAAUCUCUCUACUCGGCCGGCACAGACUCGGUAGUCAAGCACUUCUCGCCCGAGACGGGCAAGGUCAUAUCCAAAAUCAACAUCCCUCCCCGCGGCUCCUCCGCCGACGACCCUGCCAUCAUGCGCGUUCUGAGUCCCCAGAACCUCCUCGUCGGGACCGACAGCGGGGCGCUGUAUAUCUACGACUUGCGCGACAAGUUGCGCGCCGAGAAGGACCCCAGCUCGAGAGACCCGCUCGGCUCGAUUGGUGCGCACCCUGUUCGCAAGCACUUCCCCCACGACGACUACGUUACCAGCAUCACGCCGUUACCGCCCAGCGCAGAAUCGACAUCUGGUGUCCCGCGGCAGUGGGUCUCGACCGGAGGAACAACAGUUGCGGUGACCGAUAUCAGGAGUGGCAUCAUCACGAGGAGCGAAGACCAAGAGGAUGAGCUGCUGUGCGCGGAGCUCAUCCCAUCCGGCCUGGGUCCCAAGAAGCUGCGAAGUAAUGCUGUAGUGGCUGUUGGGACUGGCUCUGGUGUGCUCACGAUCUGGGACCGCGGCUCGUGGGAUGACCAGCAGGAACGGAUCUAUGUCGCAGGUGGACGCAACAAGAAAGACGGCGAGAGCCUGGACUGCAUUGCGCGCCUGCCAGAUGAGCUUGGCUGGGGCAAAAAGGUCGCUGUGGGCGUGGGCGACGGCAGCCUCGCAAUCGUGGAUCUCAAGGCACGGGAGACCCAGGCCGUUAUGAGACACGAUGAUAUUGAGGGAGUCGUGGCUGUCAGCUUCGACUGUGAGGGGCGCAUGAUCAGUGGCGGCGGAAGGGUUGUGAAAGUCUGGGCAGAACCAGACGGAUCAGGUAACCAGGAGGAGGAAUCUGGCGAGGAAGACGGCGCCAACGGCAAUAGCAAGCGCGCCGCCGAUAGCGACGAUGAUUCCGAAGACAGUGAUGACAGCAGCGAUAGUGAUCGGCCAAGGCCUAAGAAGAAGAAGAGGAAGGGCGGCAAGAAGGGCCAGCCACAGGGCGAGGCCUUCCCUGGUCUAGAUUAG